GAAAUAGCUGUGCAGAGUGUAAGACACAGUAACGCGAAACCAGGCUUGUUGGUUGGUUGUUCACUGGCUGAAAUCUGCAUUCCAGAUGAAACCUGUAGCAAAGCGGAAGAGUGAUUUUUAUUAUUAUUAUUCAGCUUCAAGGGCACCACAUUUAGUUAACUGCAGCUUUUCGGCAGUCAGAACUCUCCAGAAGUUAAAAGAAGACAUGGUUUUGGUGAAGAUUUUGAAAGAUUUGUCUUCUCAGGAUUUUGCAGUUUUGUAAUAUUUCUUCCCUUUGAAGGUUUUGCUAAAAACAGCUUUUGAUCAUACUGGGGAGCAUUUCAAAAAACUUUGAGGAGUUUUCUGCUGACAAAUUUUUAUGACUCUCAGGCCGGCAUAAGGAAGUAACAAACUGCAAGUACCAGCUGUUCAGUUUUUUUAAAAAAAAUCUGUCUUGUUACUGCAUUUUCUAGUAAGUAAAAGGCUUUGUGUGGCAGACAGGGCGUUAGACUUAGUGCAAAAAGUUGUAUUUUCAACUGUGAUUAGAUUUGCCUUGACAAAAAAAAGGACCUUUGUGUAAACAAUAGGUUUUGACGCUGCUGAGAAAUUUUGAUGGUAUGCAACACGAUGCAAAAUCUUCCAGUUUUGCCUGUGUUCAAGUUGUAAACUUUGGCUGGAAUUUUGCAUUUCAGACCACUUCGUUGUUGGAAAGAGCACUGUGUGAUCUGCUUCCCUCUGUGAUGUUUGAGUAAUAGACUGAAUAAAAGACAUUGCUAGGGAGCAAUCAUAUAGAAAUGAAAUAGUAUCUGUUCCAGGGAUAUAAGGACUAUUGUGAUUUGCCCAACAUGGAAGCAAAUCAAACUUCUGACUGCAGCGAGCUCUCCCAUGUAGAGAGGGCAACUGAGUCUGAACCAGGCCAAACUCUCUUCACUAAAUUUUCUAUGAAAGCACUUUUUGGAUUUACAGCUAAAUUGGAAUCUAGAACUUCAAAAGAGCAAGCUGUUCUUAAAGGAUUUCGAAAUGUCAGUGAUAUCAAUAGCCAUACUGACAACCAGGAAGUGAGGAGCAAAAUGAAUGGAGAUGAUGAUCCGGAUAUAGAUAAUCUACUUUCAGAAAUAAUGCAGGCGGAAAGCACAAGCAAUGCUGAAGCAAUUUUAGAAUCUGGAACUUGCAACAUGUUUGCUCUGGAGUCUGGUGCCAUUGACCCAGUUGUCUCAGGAGUGGAUGAUUGUGUGCUAACUGACCUGAAAGUUAUAGCUAGUGCCUCAGGUAACUGUGAGGUUGAUGUUAGCAAACUCGUUGAUUCCGAAGGCAGUGUCCCAGACACUGGUGCUUAUGGUUCAGCUGACUUGGUAAUGCAGGAGGAGAAUGAGCCAUCUCUUUCCAAUUUAGAUUCUCUUCACUGUCCUUUGUCUGAAUUCAGCGAACAAGAUGACAAGGAUGCCAUUCUUAUUCAGGGUACUUUGGUUCACACAACAAGUGACACAGAAUCAGACAAUGAACCUACAGACCUAAACGAUGAUGGAAAUAAAACAACGAAACUUGUUUUAAAUUGUGCUGUGUCUGUAGAGGAUAAUGACCAAAAUAAAGAAACGCUGGAAACAGAAGGAUAUAGAGAAAUCGAUGAUACUAUCUGUGGAGAUAGAACAGAACAAACUCUACCAAAUUCUAAAUCUCCUUCAUCAGAAAUGGGUGAUACACUGCAAGAAAUUUGCUCAGAUAUCAAAGACACAACAGUAACCAAUGAGAACCAAGGAGAAGAUGCUCAGGAGCCUGUAGAAGAGCAAGGACAUCUUGCAAGCAGUUCCAGUGUUGCAUCAAUCCAAAAAUCUUCAAGUGAGAAGACCUUUCAGCUUCCUGCCUUCUUUAGUGGAUUACGUGUACGAAAGAAAGGAUUGUCUUCAGAUCUGGAGGAAACAGUCACUGAAAUCAAGCAGAAGGACAGUGAUUUGGCUAUGCUUAAAUUAAAACAGCCGGUUAAAAAGUCUAAUAUUGCACCUGACUUAUUAACUAAAAGGAAACCAGCAGAGCCUAAACCUACUCCUACCUUUCUGGAACAACUCUCUCAAUUCUUAGGGCCAAAAAAUGAGGAUAAAGAUUCUGGUGAGGUAGUAAGAGAAUCUGGAAGCAGUGAGGAUGGCCAAGAAAGCAAGUCUUCCAUGAGAACAGAAUCCUCUUGCGCCUCUGAAGAGGCAAAACCAAGUCCUGCUGAAUCUGCACUGGAUGCAUUUAAAGCUUUGUUUACACGCCCUCCCAAAAAAGAGACAACGGCCGACACUUCAGAGCUAGAAGCAAUAAAACGCAAAAUGAGACAUGAAAAAGAAUCAUUGAAGGCAGUAUUUGAAAGGUCUAAAUCAAAAUCAGGUGAUGAAGCAACUGAUACAAAACCAACUGAUGUAGCCCUUUCAGAGCAGGACGACAAGACUCCAGGAAGACUCCAAACAGUCUGGCCGCCCCCCAAAGCAAACAAUGAAGAAGAGAAAGUAGGAUUAAAAUAUACAGACGCAGAGUACCAUGCUGCUAUUUUGCACUUGAAGAAGGAGCACAAAAGGGAAGCUGAAAAACUGAAGUCUGAGUUUGAACUGAAAGUCUUUCAUCUUCGAGGAGAGCAUGCUUUGUCAAUAGCAAAGCUUGAGGAAGACAUUACAAAUUUAAAAAAUGUACUGGAAAAUACAUUAUACAGGAGAAGUGAGGAAGCAAAGGAUAUCUGUGUAUCAACUGAAGAUGAUUACCCACCAAAGACAUACAGAAAUGUAUGCAUACAAACUGACAGAGAAACUUUUAUAAAGCCAAGUGAAGAUGAAGACCGGACAGUUAAAAAUAACCAAACAAUACCUAAAAAGUUGAUUAUACCUUGUUUGCAUAAUAGUAUUUCUGCCUCAUCUGACCAUAAAGAAUCAUGCAAUUAUGGCCAUGCCUCAGGGAAUGCUAUCUCUCAGAUGGAUCAAAGAUUGCCUCCUCCUCCUCCUCCUCUUCCACCUCCUCCACCUCCUCUUCCGCUUUUGCCAUCUGGUUCAAUCCCUCCACCCCCAGCCUUAUCGCCAGGCAUGGGAUCCACCCAUCCUCCACCACCACCUCCACUUCCUGCAGUUUUGGGGGCUCAGCUACCCCCACCACCCCCACCACCCCCACCAGGGUCUUCUCCAUUAGGAACAGGACCUCCUCCACCACCACCUCUUGGAUCUAGUUUCCUUUCCAGUAGCAUGUUAUCAUCAAGCCAAGGUCCUCGAAAACCUGCCAUCGAACCCAACUGUCCUAUGAAGCCACUCUAUUGGACUAGAAUACAGAUAAAAGACAGCAGCCAAAAUUCAUCACCAACUCUGUGGGAUUCAUUAGAAGAACCUGAUAUAUGUGAUACCAGUGAAUUUGAAUGCUUAUUCUCCAAAGAAACAGCUCAGGAAAAGAAAAAGCCAUUAGCAGAGUCUUAUGAAAAGAAAACAAAAGCCAAAAAGAUUAUCAAACUGUUGGAUGGAAAGAGAUCUCAAGCUGUUGGAAUUUUGAUUUCCAGUUUACAUUUGGAGAUGAAGGACAUACAACAAGCUAUACUAAAUGUGGAUGAUUCAAUAGUCGAUCUAGAAACCCUGGAAGCACUGUAUGAGAACAGAGCACAAAAGGAUGAACUGGAGCGAAUAAAGCAGCAUUAUGACACAUCAAAAGAAGAAGAAGUGAAACUUCUGGAUAAACCAGAACAGUUUUUAUAUGAGUUAUCUCAGAUCUCCAAUUUUGCAGAACGUACCCGAUGUAUAAUCUUUCAAUCUGUCUUCAAUGAAGGAAUAACUGCAGUGCACCAUAAAGCUGAUAUUGUUAACCAUGUUUCUAAGGUAGCUGAAUCAAAACUGAUGGAGUUGCUAGAUUUGAAAAGUGUGAAAGACAUUUUAGGAAUGAUUCUGGCUUUUGGAAAUUACAUGAAUGGAGGGAACAGGACGCGUGGCCAAGCAGAUGGGUUUGGUUUGGAAAUACUUCCCAAAUUAAAGGAUGUUAAAAGUAGAGAUACCGGUAUCAGUCUUGUGGAUUAUGUUGUGAUAUAUUACCUACGCCAUUGUGACAAGGAUGCAGGAACAGACAAGAGUGUGUUUCCUUUGCCAGAACCACAGGAUUUAUUCCAGGCAUCUCAAGUUAAGUUUGAAGACCUAAUAAAAGACUUAAGAAAACUGAAGAAAGAUCUAGAAGUUUGUGAAAAACAGAUGAAAGUGGUUUUCAGAAACUCACCAGAUGAACAUCUCCAGCCCUUUAAGGAUAAAUUGGAAACUUUUUUCCUGAAAGCUGUAGAAGAACAUAAGACAGAGGAGAGCCAUUUGGAGCAUGUACAAAAGUGCUUUGAAGAACUGGUGGGAUAUUUUGGGAUAAAGCCGAAAUCUGGUGAAAAAGAGACCAUGCCAAACUACGUUUUCACGGUAUGGUACGAGUUCUGCAGCGACUUUAAGACCAUUUGGAAACGAGAGAGCAAAAACAUUUCCAAAGAAAGACUCAAAGUUGCUCAACAAUCAGUGAGCAAGUUAACUGCAGAAAAGAAAGUGGAAACAAAGAAAAUCAAUCCUUCUGCCAGCCUGAAAGAAAGACUACGUCAGAAGGAAGCCAGUGUGACCACCAACUGAAAGAAGACACAUGAAAAUAAUGACAGUGUGAUUUAAUACCUUGCAUGAUGCUUCCCUCUUCCCACUCCCUAGAGAGCACCUUAUUUUAGAUGUUAUGAAGUUCUACUUUGCUCUUCUCUUCAUCAGACAAUCCUCAGAAGACUUCUCAAUCCCUUGGCUUGUACAGAAGAGGGAACAAUAAGAAGUUUGUUUACAUGGGAAUUAUGGACUAUAUUAUGCACUAAUAUAGAAGACAGCAAAAGCAAGAUUUUAGACAGUGAAUUAGAAAGCUUUAUGCCAGCUGCAUCCGAAGUAUGGGAUGGCUGAGGCUCAUAUAAGCCUAUUGCACUCUGUGCUGGCAGACUGCAAGAUUUAUUGAUUCAGUGUCAGUUUAAAAUGAUUUUCAUGGUUUCCUAAGGCUUAUCUUUAUCAUCUUAAAAAAUGGUGGACAUUAAGUGUAUCAGAUGUAUUCUGUAUUUUAUUACAAUUAUUUUUAUAGAAAUGCAGAAACACUGUUUUUGCACAUGUGGAGAGAGACAUAAUAUAUAUUUUAUUCUGCUUGAAUAAGUUAUAGAUAAUGUAACUGGUACAUUCAUUAUGUUUGGUGUGUUGUUCAUAGUGUACUAUUCAUUUGUCUAAUGGCAAAAGGAAGACUUUCCAUAUCAACAUGAGGCCAAGUUAGCAACAUUCAGAAAUGCUUUAUUUAUAGUCAGUCAUCUAGCUGUAGACCAUGUAUUUCCUUUAUUUAUCAUUAAUCUGUACCAAAGCCUAUAUUCUUUCAUAGUCAGCACUGCGGUGAAACUGAUUUUUAGAACAUGUUUACAUUUUCCCAUGCAUAGGGGUGUGUGUGUGUGUGUGUGUGUGUGUGUGUGAGUGAGAGAGAGAGAGAGAGAGAGUUUACACAGAUAUGCAUACCUUGUACAUAUGUUAUUCAUAUGCACUCUAGUACAUAGACUUUAAAUAGAAAGACCAUAUUGCUUUCCCAAUGAGGUACUGUGGCAGCUCAUGUGAAGUGCCAUGUAGAUCUCUGUCACAGGUAUGUCAAGGUCUCUCCCCUCUACAUGUAGGUGGGGAAACUGUAGGAAUCACAGAAUCAUGAUCUUAAAAUUAAAGAGCAAUGAAAAAAUAAUCAUGUAAAAUAAAAUGCUGAUAGUCAUUAAUACUUAAGCAAAGACCAACAAAUGGUUGCCUCGGCAACUAAAGAGUGUACCAAGAAGGAGAUGAACAGGGAUUCUGUGUCCUAGAGGACACUGGAAAUAUGGUAUAGUGAACAAGUAUGGUAAAUUAAAUUGAGAAAGGAAUGUAGAAGAAAGAGAAAAUACAUCAUCUAAAGAACAAUCAGAUUUAAUAAAAGGUCUAGCCAAGGUUGAUUCACAUCAUUGCAUUGUUAUUAAAAAAUAACUUAUAAUUUCGUGUUAUAGGAAGUUAAUGUAACUGUUAAAACAACCUAUUUGAAAGAUUUAGCAUAUAGUAUACUGUUUAUCUUACAUAAUUAAAGGGAAAGGUUUUAAGAUAGCACAUGUUAUAUCUGCCAUUGAUAUGCAAAGGUUGCUGAAACUCAUUUACUAUCCUAAAUAUUGAGAUUAUAGUACAAUUAAUGACAUUCUAAUUAUUUUCCUCUUUAAUAUAGACAUUCAUCAUAUAGCCCUACAAUUUUCCAUGUUGAAGGAAAGAAAAUUUCAAAAAAAAUUGAAAUAGUUUGCAUGAAGCUCAGGAACAGGAAAAUUGUAGCAUUAGAAAUGCAGACCAGAGUAGCAAUACAAUCUAGGAAAGCCAAAGAGUAGCAAAUAGUAGUCAAGGAAUGGUAAUAAGCCUCUUACAAAGUCAUGUGGAACUUUAGUGACAUGCUUCUGACUAAAAAAAAGAUAUGUUGUAAUGGAACUAUGUUGAAAUUUAAGGACAUAUUCAAUGUAAACCUCCAUUUAAAACUUAUAUCAGCAGCCACACUACAAUUAGUUCAACUGAAACUGAUCUAAUUGAUGUAUUCUUUCACAAGGGAUGUAAUGCCAAUACUGAUAAGAGACCUGAGACCAUUAAUACUGAUGCUAUCAGCUGAUCUUAAAGUCACAUGCUAGCAGUAAGAAGGCAUAGUUAACAUUGGUGAGUAUUGUAUUAUCGAUUUUUUGGGAACUGAGAUAGUGAAAUUUACCUGUGACUAAAAUGAUCCAAAACAUUGUAGAUUGGUAUACAGUACUUUACCACAGGAUGUUGCAAGACCUGAAUUGUAUAUAUGGUUGUAUUCAACAUAGCAUUAAGGAGAUUAUUCUAGACCUAAAGCUUCUCUCAGCAGCUCACUGGGAAUCAAUUUUUCUGAUUUCUUGCUGCAUCAGAAAUUUACUGCUUCUUCCCUCAUGCUGAUGAAUAGUUUUUCUUCUCUUCUUUAGAGCAGUCUUGUAAAUAUAUUGAAGCAUGUUCUGACUUGAAUCACCAUUUUCUGACUUAAAUCACCAUUGCUUUCUUAGCAGUCUGGUCCUUUGGAUCAGCUUAAGAUACUUAGCAGUGAAAUACAGUCCUGUUCUUGUCAGCUGGGGGGCAUUUAGUUCUCUCUGCUCCUCUUGUGAGGAAACCUCCAUUCCUUUCUUACUGAAAACUCAGGAUGCUACAGAGGCAAGAAAAACUCAGCCUCUUCAUGCUCCCCACAAAGUUAUGUAAGCCUAUUUGCAUAGGGCAGAUGUACUACAAAAAGGCUAGGAAAAUAUUUGUGCCAUUCUGCAGUUAAAGGCAGCUGUCCUUUUUGCAUAUGCAAUAGGAAAAGCAUAUAGUAUAUGUUAAAUAUAAGGAAUUGUAACCAGUGUUACAAAUUGUAACAGUGUUACAAAUCUUUCCUCAUCAUUGAUCUCAUCUAUAUCUGAUUCUUCUGUUAUUUUUUAUUUAAUUCAUCUUAAUACAUGGUGAUCAAAAGUGCAUGCAGUUAAAGCACUUUUCACAGUACACAGUGAAAUUACCAAUUGUGCUUGUGUUUUUAUUGUUUUUAAAUCUAUGCAGCAUACAAAAUUGUGACCUCAUGGUGGAAUCCCAUCCACAUUUCCUCCAAUUUUGAGAAACACUGCGGGGUGGGGGGUUUCGAGAGACCUGUAAUGUGACUCCCAGCUUCAUUGAACUUACGCAGUCUAGGCUUGUUGUGGUGUCCAAUUCUAGACUGGAUGUGGGAGCCAUCAGUAGGAAAUUAAACAUCUCUGGGUCAAAGUUGUAUGGAAUGCACAUUAAUAGGUUUCCAUUGAGUUGCUGUUAGCAGAGCUCCUUUUACAGUAUUGUUAUAACAGUCAAUUCUCUUGUUUGGCUAGUUCCGAUAGUUCUGUUUAGUCUGAGAAGAAUCUUUUGUCCUAAGCCCAUUAACAUCUCACAGUUAUUCAGAGCCCAUUUCUGGAUUGUUUUGUUUAUUUAAAGUUUACUGACAGUAGCACUGGGAAUGGAUCUAAAUGGAACAUAAACAACUGGUCCUGUCUCAUGCCUUGCAUUUUUGAUUUCUGAUACUUAACUACCCUGCUGUGAACUGGAACAAUUCCUUAUAUUCUGCUUCCUGAUGCCAAAUUGAUGAAAACAAUUAAAGUGCCAUGGCACCUUGAGACAGGACCAUUCACACUGUAAAUGAGAGUGUUGAGAAUGUGGGUUAAAUGGGUCCAUUCAGAGUUCAGCACAUAGUGCAAGCAGUUACAGCAUCUGAUCACUUCACUACACAGUCACAUAAUAGUUUCACCCACAUUCACCCACAUUACCGCUCAAUCCAUUUUUGGAAGCUAUGAGAGAACUGUGGUAAAUGUGAGUUGAACUGCAAGCUGGAUAUGUAGCGAGACAAGUGUACUGCCAUUUGAACAUGUGCCAAACUUCACAUGGUUACACUCAACCAACAUUAUCCUCAACAUAACAAUUUAGUGAUGUGAAUUUUCUUUAGCUGGUUAUUAUGUCAUUAAGUGUACUCCAAAAUAUUGUGUUUUUUUCCUUCUGCCUAACACAGAUUAGUACAACUGUUCUUCUGGAAAACAAGACAGUUUCUACCAGUGAAAGAUCAUGCAAACUUUCAAGCUAACACAACCCCCCGCCCUUAUAAAAUAAAAUAGAAGUAGCAAAUUCAGAACUAACACAAACUGCGAGAAGAAUAUAUACAAAUAAGAAUAGCUUGACUACAUAUGUUGGUUACUUUGGCCAUUGUUGUGCCUCUGCAUGUGUCCCUCUUGAUUAAUAUUUUAUUAUUAGGCUACUCGUGCCUACCAUUCUGACAGUACUGUGUAACUGUUAAGUCGCAGAAACAGUAGCAACUUUCUAAAUGAUUAUGCCACAUGUGUACUGGCAAAAAAGCUGCCUUUCCAUUCUGAUUCAAAAAAAUUAAAGUCUUUUUUACUUUAAUUAAAUAAUAUGCAUUGUUUCUAUUCAUCUUAAAAACAAAGUAUUGUACAAUUGGGUUGAAAGCAUGCACUCUUUCACAAACAGGUUUAAUAAGCGGUUGUAUCUCAUUUUUUCUAUAACACCAUUCUCCAAGACCAACAAUUCUUUUUUCCCAAGACAAUCAUUCCAGAAGAAUCAUUUGCAGUGUGCACCUCUGCCUGUUUCAAGAGUUCCUUGUAGUUGCUGUUUUUCCGAGUCUUUCCCAGUUUUUCUCUCUUGCUACAUUUGACAAUCUCUUCAUCAUGGAUUGUUUUCUUAUGAAAGCUCUCCCUACUUUCCCUUUUACUUCAAAAAAUCACUAAACUCACAGUUUGAUCAUGUAAUACUUUCAUUUUUCUCAGACACUGAAACCUGCCAAAACCUGUAUAAUUUUUCUUCCAGUAUAUUUCACAUUCAAUGUGAAAUAUGAUUAGUUACAGUCCCUUCAUAAAAUAGUUACUCAUCUUCAAUUUCUUGCUAGUUAAGGAAGCAGAAAUCAUUGUUUCUGUGGCCUAACUGCUCUGGUUUUCCCAUUCAGAAGUUCUCUGUUAGGCCUCUAAGUGGUGUGGAAUCCUAUAGCAUGUUGAGAAUACUGUUGGCAUUCAUUCUGAAUAAGACAAAUUUAAAGUUCCCAAGAUGGGAAUAGUCUCCCACACAGAACACAAAACAAAAAGCAGAGAAAUAGUUCCACACAAAAUCAUUCUGUUUCCCAAAGGUUUCAUGAGACUGCAUUAAAAGGCUUUAUACGUUUGGGUUUGUUCUGAGCCACUCUUCAUCUGAAGCAUAUCAAACUGGCUUUUCAUAUGAAUGGUAUUUUUAAUUCACACUUCUAAGUCCUCUGCCUACUCUACAAACAAUUCUUAAAAAAUGUCUACAUUUUACAAAAAAUGACUUAACAGCUACUUCAGUUUUGUAUUGUUUUUAGUUUAGAAAAAAAUAACAAAUAAUUCCAAACCACAAUGCUAAACCAUCUAGAGGAAAGAAUGCGAAAUAUGCAAAGAUCUUUCACAAUGAAGAAUGACAUUACCUUUUCCCUCUUCUGUUACCGCCACAUAUGAGAUCAUAAGCAAUUAAAUGCAUUCUGUUUUUUUGCAGAGAUAUCUGAAUAAAUUCCUUUCAUACCUCUGUCAUCCUAGAAGCUGCAUCAGAAAUUUAGAACACAGAAUCUGAAGAUUGUUAUUUAGAGCAUCCAGUUGUACAUAAUGCAUAGACAUUUUACUUGGGUAGACAACUUCAUUGGCUCAGAACCCCAUAAAAAGGUUUCCCAGGGUCAAAGGCAAUGUUGCAAAUAUGACUGGCAGCACAACCUUCAAUUAUUAUUAAUUUAUUAUUAUUAUCAUUAUUGACUCAAAAUUAUGAGACUUACUCCCUAGUAUUUAUUAAUUUUAUUACAUGUAUAUCUCAUCUUUCUUCCCAUAAUGGAACCUAAGACUACAAACAUGCAGCCCUCAGGUGGUCACCCAUUCAGACUCAGACCUGCCUAGCUUCAGAUGGGUUUUGAUCUUAGGUGUCUUCAGACUAUACCUGGGACUAAUGUGUAUUUAAGUUUGCAACCUCCCUAAUCUUCCCAUAUAAAAGAAAAUGCAAAUACCUCUUGUUUGUGGAGGCUGGCUAUAUCUGUUUUUAAAUGUGAUAGUCUACACUAGUGUGAACUUACAAGAUCUGAACAGGGUGGUUCAUGACAGAAGCUCUUGGGUGUCACUGAUUCAUAGGGUCGCCAUAAGUCGUAGUCGACUUGAAGGCACAUAACAACACAACAACAACACUAGUGACAUAAAUAACAAAUCUACUAGUAGACUUUUGUAUUUUUUAAACUAUUUUUAUUGAACUUUACAUUUCUUUAAAACAACAAUAAUACUUUAAUACAAUACACAUGAAAACAGAUGUUAGUAAUUAAAUAUUAAAAUUAUUAAAACAGUAUCUAAAAUAUAUCCCUCUCCUCCCCCCCUGGCAAUGACAUAAUUUUUAAAUAGAUUCACUUAAUCUACCAACCUGAGUAAAGUAUUUUAAAAGGAAAGAGAAAUUAUAGGGCAUUCAAAAUGUUAUAUGAUAAAAAAAAAAUCCUUAUAGUUUAGGCAUUCCAACUGGCCAUGUACUCUGUUGAUGGCUCCCAUCCCUGUGUUGUUUGGUUUACAUAUAAUAUGAAGGGGUACCAGGAAUCUACAAAGGUUUCUUUCUUCAACUCACCCCUAGCUUGUUGGAGUUUGGAGGUUAAUUUCUCCAUGAGCCAUACUUUUUGUGACCAGUACUGUAUUGAGGCACCCUUUACAUCUUUCCAAUGCUUAGCAAUUGUGAGAUGAGCUGCCAUAAGUAGCUGACCUAUCAAAUUAUUACAUUGUAUAUCCUUAUUGGAGUCUAGAAAUAAAUUCCAAAUAGCAAGUUGUGGUGUUUGGUUAAUGUCUUGCUUGGUUAUUUGCUUAAUUUAGACUUUUGUAUUUUAUGAUUGAUAGCCUCCUUGAACAGACAGGAAAAGCACGAUUUAAAUUUGUUAAACAAAUAAAAUAAGGUCCCACAAAAAGUGUUUUGUUUAUUUGAAUAGGAGAAACCACAUGUUGUAAUCUCCACUAUUUAAAUCAAUUGGACUUAAGCAUAUUUGAUUAUGAUUAUUAUUUUGUUAGAUUGUGCCCAAUGAUUGUAUCUUUUGUACAGGUAAAAACAUAAUCUGAAUCUAGUGCUUGAAAACAUCCUUUUGUAUAAUACUGCUAUGUGGACACAACAAAGUUCAGUAUCUGAGAAGCUUGGUUUAUGUCUUCAAUGUCCAUUUUAAACAUUUUGCCAUUUGUUUGAGCCUCCUUUGUCCCCAAACCAUAUCCCUGAUCCAGAGAAACUGUAAGCAUAACAGAAGACUAUCCACUUCUGCUACACUUUUAACUUCUUUCAACAGCCUUCUGCAAGGGCUCCAGAUAAUACUUUUAUGAACUCUUUGCCUCCAGUGCUGGAUGUGGUCGUUUGCAACAGCUUUUUUUUGCUAUAGUUGAUCUGUGUGCAAACUGCUGUUUCUGGAUCAGGGGAGACAUGCUUCCAACCUCAUCUCUGCUUGACUCUUACAGCCCCAAUGCAUCCCUGCCUGUGAUCUUUUCUUAUCGAGUUCCACCACCCUCAGCUGUCCAAAGAUUUCCUGCUGCCUCAAAUGAUUUUGUCCUUUCUCUCUUGCUGCCCCAUUUGCCUGUAACUGCCUCCUAGAAUGCCUCACCAAUGCUAGCAUCUCUUUCUUCAAAUCUGUUCUCAAACCCACCUUGUUGGUGAAGUCUUUCACAUAACCUCCUAAUCCCCGUACCCUACCGUAUCUGACAGUAGGACAUGUCAUAACUUCAGUUACGUUAUAUUCCUGUUUAUCCCUCCUUCCAUUUCUCUCAUUUUCCUCUGUUGUUUUUAGAUUGUGAGCCCCUUGUGGGAGGUACCUGUGAUUACUUGAAAAGUGCCAUGUACUGGGAUGGCACUACAUAAGUAAAGAGUAUUUUGAAGUUUUAUGAAUUCCUCUUCCUUAACCAUUCUGAUGUGAAUUUAAGUGUGUGCCUUUCUGGAAUGUCGAUACAAGGACAAAAGCAGGCCUUCUCAUUCUGUCUCUUGAAAAGGGAAGUGAUCUUAAGAUGGCCUCUUCCAUGAUCCUGAUUCCCAAGAGAUCUGUAGCUCUUCCUGUUUUCCAGCCCCAUGAGACACCUUUUGAUACAAAUUCCAAAAUAAUGUAAACACUGUGUUCAGAAAUCACAAAUCUCCUGGUGAUCUUCAAACCACUUCCUGCAAACAGUUCUGCUGAAUGCAUGUGAAUGCAUUUAAAAGUCUAUGUUUACUUAUUCAAAAAUGUAUGUCCCACCUUCUAGUGCUCAUACACUACUCAAGCCCACUUGCAGUCAUUUAAAAUAGCAAUUUUAAAAAUCAAAAUAACAACAAUAAAAAUAACUAAAAAGCCACAAUAGCAGAGAUCACAGAAAAAUUAUCUUCACAGGGAAUACUUAGCAGGCAAACGCCUGCUGGAACACAAAUGUAUUUACCAGCUGAUGAAAGAUAUCCAGAGAGGAGUCCAAGAGUCAUGGUUUUCCACAAUAUUAGUGCAGUCACUGAAAAGGCCUUAUCUCUCAUCAUCAUCUAUGCCUCAGCCCUUUCAUAUUUCAAUGACACAACGCACUCAUAGUUGAAAGAUUGAUGUUUUGUGUCAAUCAUUAUGAAUAAUGAUCUUUUUAGAAUGUGUUAUGAGGGCUUUUAUCAACUCUUUGUGAAUGUAAACGAAUUUCUUCCUCACCAACAUCUGAAAGUUAGAUCAAGAUAUUCAGUUGUAUUACAUCACCUUCUUCUUUGGUAUGCAAUAAAAACAUUCCUCUGUGUUUGAAUAAAUAAACAUCAUAAGCAACAUUUCCCAAUUUACAUGCUAUAGAAACCACAAAGACUGUAAGAAGGUCAGGAAAACAUUGGUAUUUCCAGCCAACUCACAAACAAAUAUUGCUAAGCACACAGUUUAUCUCUUAGAGCAUGGGUUACAACGGACAUGCAUUCUGAAGUUGAGAGUAGAAGCUAACUUGUCUGUCCUAUGACCCAAUUUCAUGAGUCACUAAUGCUGACCAAGAAGCGCGUAGGACUGGGUAUGAGAAUCCCAGCACUGGCAUAAGGGCAUAGUUUGCAAACCUCAUGCCAGCACUAGGCUUUUACCCUAGCCUGACUGCCAGCACAAUAACAAGUAUUGGUGCUAUCAUUAGUGCCCUUUCUGUCCCACUAAGCAGUGGGAAAGGUUUCCUCAAUCCCCUUCUGCACUAUCCCGUAGGCACUUCAGGAGCCCCCAAGGUACAAUAUUUCUUACAACGGGCAGAACUGUUAGAUUUCACGUUAGCCAUGGUGGUACAACUAAAGCAGAUGACUGACAGGCUUUUAAAACUAGUUUGACCGCAGCAUCAAGUAGUGACUUGUAUGUCUGAAUGAUCAAUCACAUUAAAUACCACAGAUUGAUUGGGGAGGGGAUGGCCAGACAGGAAAGGGUUAAGCAGCCUCUUUCCUGUCAUUCCUUCCCUCAAACUCACAGCCUUCUGGGACUAGCUUGGUCAAGGAGAAAUGAGGGAAAGUUGCACAGAACCUUGUGCCAUAUGUCUAGUUUGGAUCUGAGUUGCUUAAACAAAAGCAAAUUUGAAAGAUUUCAUAUAAUGUCAUUCCAUAGAGCUUGGUUUCAUGAGAACAGGUCUCUUUGGGUCUGUUCCUGAGAUUUCAGAGGCAGAUAGGCAAUGCUUGUGUAAUGAUGAUGUAAUCCAGACUACAGCAGUGCAUAUAGACCAGGCACUUGUGUGAUAUAAAAUAAAUAUCUGAGCUUAUAGCAAGGGCUGGGAAUUGACAAUGUUCUUGAUAUAUAUUUUUUCAUUACACAUAAAGAUCUUAAACAGAAAGAGACUAAAUUGCCCAAGUAUCGAGUCGUCUAAUACAGCAGAUGUUGCAUAGUAGUUAAGAGCACGGCAUGGGAGCCAAGGAAAUGGUGGCUCAAAUCUCAUCUUAAUCAUAAACUUACUGAGAGUCAUUAGGUAAGUUACUGUGUCAUGGUUUUGGUCAUCUAUCCCCAUCCUAUGCCAUCUAGGAUGAUAGUAAUACUAGCCCAACCUGGCAAGGCUGUUGUAAUGAUUAAAGACACAGAGUUAAUUAGGUGUUUGGGGCACUUAGGGAAAAAAACCACUUGUAUAACGAUACUUAGUAUCCUAAGAAGGUGUGAUAUUGUUAAAGAAACUAUAAUUUCUAUGGGUGGUAUUUAAUGCCAGUCUUACUCAGAGUAGACCCACUGAAGAUAGUAAAUAUUACUAUCUUAGGUUCAUUCAUUUCAAUGGGUUUGUUCUGAGCAGGACUUAGUUGAAUACAACCCUUAAACUAUUGUUAAAACAAUAGUAAGUGUAUAUUAAAUACAUAUAAGACCAAUGGGCAGGAAGGUGAGAUGGAAAUGUGAAAUCUGUGACGUUAAUAUGACGUACUACCCCAUCAAUAAGUAUCUAGGAUGUACUGCUAUUUUCACCAACACAAUAUUGCUGUGACAUAGGAAGCGCUUGAUGCAUUUGGUGCAAAUAUGGAGGAUUUAUUUUUUUGAAAAGCUGAUUGGGUUACGCUCAGAUAUUCUUUACAGUUAUGUAUCAUAUGUUCCUGUUAAGUUUUUUAAAUUUUAUUGGAAAUUUCAAGAUGAGUUAAAUUUGUAAAAAUGUUUUUAUUUUUCAAAGAACGAGAUAUGGGACCAUUGCUUGUA